AUGAUAGACCGGAAAAAAGUGUUUUCAACCAUUGAAAGUGUUUUAGAGAGGCAUGGUGCUACUGCUCUUGAUACACCUGAUUUCGAAUUGAGAGAGACACUUAGAGGGAAAUACGGAGAAGAUGACAAGUUGAUUUAUGAUCUUGCUGAUCAGGGUGGAGAGCUCUAUUCUUUACGAUACGAUUUAACCGUUCCAUUUGCGCGCUAUGUGGCUAUGAAUAAACUCACUUCAUUUAGAAGAUACCAAAUAGCUAAAGUACACAGAAGAUUCCGAGAGUUUUAUCAAUGCGAUUUCGAUAUUGCUGGUUUGUCUACUAGAAUGGGACCCGAUUUCGAGGUUGUAAAGAUCUUGACAGAACUUCUUGAUGAGCUACAAAUUGGAGAUUACGAGGUGGAAGAGAAGGGUUUGUCUUUAGAGACAGCAAAAAAAAUCGGCACUUAUGUGACACAAAGAGGACCACCUAGGAAACUGUUGGAGAAACUCAGAAAAGAAGCGAGUCUUUUAGCUGACAAAUCAUCAAAAGAAGCACUUGAAGAUUUGAGUAUUUUGUUUGAAGCACUUGAAGAUUUGAGCAUUUUGUUUGAAGCACUUGAAGGAUCGAAUUGUAUAAACAGAAUAGUCUUUGAUCUGAGUCUUGCUAGAGGUCUUGAUUACUACACCGGAGUCAUCUUUGAAGCCGUAUGCAAAGGAGCUGAGGAGAUUAUUCGAUCGACAGGGACACAAGUUCUGGUUAGCGUCAUUGCGGAUAAUAAACUAGCGGAAGCUGCAAAGUUGGCAAGUCCGCUUUGGGCGGCUAAUAUAAAAACAGAGUUUCUUGUGAGCAAAAGACGGACAAAGCAUUUCGAUUACGCGAGGAAAUGUGGAAUUCCUUGGAUGGUGAUUGUCGAUAAAACAGGACUUGUUACAUUGAAGAAGAUCGUUGAAGGUGGUGAAGAGGAAUAUAAAGAUGUUCCCAUAGAUAGUUUUGACAACAGAUUGUUGCAACUCUUUGAAUUAGCUGAAUGA